UUUUUCUGUUCGUCUUCCAUCUUUUCCCCAUAUCCUGUCUCUUUUGCAGAGUUGAAAAACAGCUGAACAAUCUUCACAGCGCCUUUCAUGAAAAAUAAACUUAGUUUUCUUUACAAUAUGAUAACUCAUAUUUGUGCACAUGGGAAAUUACAUCAGGGAAAUACCUUAGGUUACUAUGUAUUGUGCUAAGAGUUGGCAUUCAGAGAUUUUCUUCCCUGUAAGCUAAGAGGGUUUGAUAGAACCUGUUUGCACAGUGGGACAGAAAAAUCUGUUCUGCUGAGGGAGUUAGAGGUGAUGUUCAUGUUUAUUCUGGAGAUCUUGCUGAAGGAAUUUAGUUUUUCCCAUAGGAAUUCAAAUAUGUAAACUUCUUUCUCAGACUUUAUUUGUGUGCGUCUGUGUGUGUGUUUAUAUAUGCCUGCUAUAUAUAGUGGGAAAGCAAAAGGAGGAACAGAAAGAAAUAGCACAGAAAUAACUGUGGGAUUGGUUCAGGAUACUCAUCAGAUGUGGAAUGUGUGCUGAGUAGUUGCAGUCUGGAAAUGUGGUGGUGUCCCUGCUUCAUUUUCUUUAGGCUCAGAAACUAGGAGGAAAAAUGAUUGUAUUUCUAAGGUGCAGAUGUUCUGCAAGCUCCAGUUUGGGGGAGCACCUGGUGUGCAGAAAAAAAGCCAUUAACAUCAGCCCUGCAGGGUGAGUGUCGAGCUGGUGAACAGCAGCAAACCUCCACACAGCUGCUGAGGGGGUCGGUACAGAGGAGAAGGAGGGCCUGGGGAAAGGAAGUGCUGCUCUAAGCAAGGUGAAGGGGAGAGCAAUCCAGGUGGAGGGAAGAAUCCUUCCUGGUCCUGCAGGUGGCGACCAACACUGUGCAGUGUGCCUUGUGCUGCAGCAGGAGUGAUCUGCUGCUUUAAACGUCUGCCAAAGGGCAUUUCUGUUUGUAGCUGUAGGUUUUAGCUUUGCCGUGCCUGUGUUCAGAUAAAACCCCAACACCUUCCCAAAGCUUGGAAACACUUUCUACAUCCAUAGUUGGGCCAGUAGGAGGCAGAUCUGGGUAUGGUAGGUAGAUAUUGAUAUCAGGUGCCAAUGUGAGAGUACAGAGAGAAGGUUUAUGCAGUGAUAUGAGUAGGGAAUAUGUUUUCAAGACUGUGAUGUUAUUUACCUGUUAAUAAAGCAUUUUAUCCUGGAUCUUGCUUCAGUUUCUCAAAUAUAAAUAAGACUGAUUUUUCAGGUAAGCGUACUGUUUCUGUGCUGCUUACUGUUGUAGUUGGGAGAGAUCUAAUAUCCAUCAGGAAGAUGGCGUUAGGGACAGAAGGGAGCAGUGUAUUUGCUCUCUCAGAUUGCCCCAUCCGAGUCAAAUAGUGAAGAGUUAUUUCCAAGACCCUGGUAUCAGGCUCUGCCAGUCCCUGCCUUCCAUAGCUGGUAAAAGGUAAAGAGUUACCUUGAAAUCCAAGCAGGUACAGUUUGCACUGCCUCCAGCUGAGCAGUGUAUCAUGGUGCUUAGGUAAAUUCAAGAAGAGGAUGCUUCCUCAUUAUUUCUGUCUGCUCUUUCUAUCGUGACUUAUGGAGGCGCUUGACUCGUUUACCUUGAAGUUUAAAACCACUUAGGAAGUCAGAAGGUGGCCUAGUCUUGCUGUGGUUUGCUCUGUUACAUCAUUGCUCUCAGUGCUUUGGAUUCCUUGCAGUCAUGCAGUUUUAUGUUGGUUUUCUUUGAGACCACUCUGCUUCCCCUCUGUAUCUUCCUUUCUAAAAUUCAGAGUUCUUUGAUGCAUUUUUUUUCUCUGUUUCAAAUCUGUGUGUUAUGCGAUUUGAGGUUUUUCUCCUUAACUGAAAAUACGUAGCACUUGGUGUUGUAAUCAGAGUUUUAGAUAUUCUGAUUUUCUUUUUGGUUUUCUGUUUUCUUCAGUGGAGACUGGUACUUGUGGAUUUAUAAAUAAAUAAAUAAAUUUAUAAAAGAAUGGUUUCUUUCUGAGAAAACUCAGUCUCUGUCCUGUCUGUGCUGCCUAAUGUAUAGAUUCUGCAGGUCAGGUUGCCUGAAUGACUCCCCUAAGUUCCUGACAUAAAGACAAGCAACGAAAACAUCAGAUAAACCACUUGGAGGAACGAUGUUUAUCCAAAACAAGGAGGUAAUAAGGGCUGACCAGUCAGAAGAGCAACUGUUGAAAGUGCAUUGGGGGGCAUGGGGAGGCAGCCUCAUGAGAGGAGAAAACCGGAGCAUAAAGCCAGCAAAGGUUGUGCUGCUUGGAGAGAGGAGUAAGGUUAAAAAAUAGCUUCCAGUAAACCUUUUACAUAGGACAUGACUGACAGGCAAUUUGUUUGCUCUCAGCAGGAAGGAGAGCAAGAAAAGUGAGUUUCAAGACACAAGCCUCUUCCUUUUGAAAAAAGUGUGUAAUAAUAAAUUCCACUGUGGUUUCUUGGUUGAUCUUGCAUAGAUUUCCUCAAUAAGUGUAUCCUGUUUGCAAUGGGGACAGUUUUCAGGACUGCUACUCAGAGUUAAUGGAUAGAUGACUAUAGAAUGGGCUGGAAGCACAUGAUAUGGGGCAUUUUUGAGCUUACAGUGUUGUACUGCUCCAUUCCCUGAUGUGUAACGAAAAGCUUUAUGUUUAGCUUUGUUCCUUUAGGCCAGGCAGUGUGGCUGCAGUAGUAUUUAACAGGAAGCCUCUGGGAAUAAAUCUUACAGCAGCCCCAUGCCAGAGCUCUCUUCUCUCAUUAGGCCUCUAGGUGUGGUAUUUGCUGGUUCUGUCACAUCUCUGCCAUCUCUGUCCUUGAGAGUCAGCUGUCUACAAGGUAAAUUCUUCUGGGAUGUCUGGGCUGUGACAGGUGCUUUCCAUGUAUGAUCCCUUGGUACAUGGUGAAUAGAUCUCUCCCCAGUGCCUUUUUCUAGGGUUGCUGUCUUGCACAGGGUCUUAGAGAAAAUCUGCUGUGGCACACAUGCAAUGAUAAGUGUGUUGUCCUGGUAGUUCAGGACCCUUUAUUUCAAAGAGAGCAGUCAACUUUUAGCCUGGACUCUUGCCAUCAGUGUGUGCUGAUUUUGUGCUCCUAACAAAAUAGAAAUCAGCAGCAUUGGAUGGGCGAGGUCAGAGCCUGGCCCUGAUUUCUGAGCAGGGCUUUCUUAGCCAUACCCUCAAAACCUCUUGUGAUUUCUAAAAAGCUGAUAGAUGAUUUGGGAUCACACUGGGUACAUUGGGUCUUCCCAGUGAGACUUUAGUUCUUUCCAUGAACAGUUUUUUCUUGGACAGUGCAGUUUUGCCAUAACGUGAUUUGUUAAGGUGCCCACGUGAUAAACUAGCCUGCAGUUCUGUGAGGAGCAUUAAAACAAAAUCUGCAAUGAGGAUGAGUUCCAUGCUUUAAUCUGAAGUAGUGUUUUCUCAAGACGAUGCUGGGAAGCCUGGGUUUUACUGAUCUCUGUAUCAAAAUGAUCUGCUUUACCUGUGUCACGGACCUGAGCCAUCCAUCGUGCCUGUUCUCCCCUGCGACUCCUGCAAGGUCUGGGGACACCAAACAGUCUUUUGCCUGUUGCCCAAGUCAACACUUUGCCACCAGAGCUGUCCCCUCAAAAGUCUUUGAAAAGACUUUGUAUUGUCCCCUUUGGCCCAGUUUUGUAAAUGUUUCUGUGGUGAGCAAAUUCUUCCUCCUCAGACUGGUGUGUGGGCUGAAAAUCUGCUCUUUUCUAGAAGGUGCCAACUGAGUUAAGUCUGCUGUCUUCAGUGUAGUUGGUACAGUUAAAGAAGUGAUUCCUUACCAGUUCAUUGACCCUUUCUUGCUUUGUGGAGAAUUUGUAUAAAGAUAAGUUAUGCUUUUAUACUAGUCAAAAGUGCCUGUCAUCAUCAAGAGAGGGCCUGCAAAGGACAUCAUAUCUUCCCAGGUACGUAUUUUGUGUUCCAAUAUGAUUCUCACAUGGUGGUUUGGUAAAUGUUUUCCAGUUAUUGCUACCAAAUGGUGGUGUGGACUUUCACCCUCAUUCACAUUACAUGAAUUACAGCAUUUACUUCUUAUCCCAUCUGAUUCAGAGCUUUGAAAUCCUGUAGUAGAAAUAUCCUCUGUGUGGAGAGGGAAUUUUGUGUAGUUCGGUUUCUUCUUUCUGAUGCUUUGGUGAAAUGGAAGUUGGUUCAGAGCACGUUUUUGAGUGCAGGAGCCAUGCUAGUGACCCCUCCUCCAUACUUAAUGGCUCUUCACUGGAAGAGGUGGAGCUUGAGCUCCUGAGCUCCUGUAAACCCUUUUUUGUUGGGAAGUACCUCUCAGCUCAGCCGCAGACAGGAAACAGCAUAUUAUUACAGUCAGCGCCUGCCUCUCCACUUCAUUGCCGUCAGAAGGAAACUUAUCCCAGCUCCUCCUUAAGCAGGCAGCUAAUCAGCUUGUGGCAAUUGAUUAUCACUCCAUGUCGGAAGCUCAUCCUUUGUGCUGAUAACAGAAAAGAGAUGGAAGAUUGGAUUGCAGCACUGAAGACUGUCCAAAACCGUGAACAUUUUGAGUCUACCCAGUACAGCAUGGACCAUUUCUCAGGGAUGCAUAACUGGUACGCCUGCUCCCAUGCCCGGCCAACGUACUGCAACGUGUGUCGGGAGGCCUUGUCUGGGGUCACGUCACAUGGGCUGUCCUGUGAAGUGUGCAAGUUUAAAGCCCACAAGCGCUGUGCUGUGCGAGCAACCAACAAUUGCAAGUGGACAACUCUGGCCUCUAUUGGGAAGGAUAUCAUUGAGGAUGAAGAUGGGAUCUCAAUGCCACAUCAGUGGCUGGAAGGAAACCUGCCUGUGAGUGCCAAAUGCACUGUGUGUGAUAAAACCUGUGGCAGUGUCCUGCGUUUGCAAGACUGGCGCUGCCUGUGGUGCAAAGCCAUGGUACACACAGCAUGUAAAGAGCUGUUGCCAAACAAGUGCCCUCUUGGGCUCUGCAAAGUGUCUGUCAUUCCUCCCACUGCUCUUAACAGCAUUGAUUCAGAUGGUUUCUGGAAAGCCACUUGUCCCCCUUCCUGCACAAGCCCUUUGUUGGUCUUUGUCAACUCAAAAAGUGGAGACAACCAAGGUGUAAAAUUUCUACGAAGAUUCAAACAACUGCUGAAUCCAGCCCAGGUCUUUGACCUCAUGAAUGGAGGACCUCACCUUGGUUUACGCUUAUUCCAGAAAUUUGACACUUUCCGGAUUCUAGUUUGUGGUGGGGACGGAAGUGUUGGCUGGGUUCUCUCUGAAAUUGAUAGCCUCAACCUUCACAAGCAGUGCCAGCUGGGAGUGCUGCCCUUGGGAACAGGGAAUGACCUUGCCCGUGUUUUAGGCUGGGGUUCUGCUUGUGAUGAUGAUACCCAGCUCCCACAAAUCCUGGAGAAGCUGGAGAGGGCCAGUACCAAAAUGCUGGACAGGUGGAGCAUCAUGGUGUAUGAAACCAAACUCCCUCGCCAGGCCUCCACUUCCACAGUCACUGAAGAUUGCAGUGAGAAUUCAGAGGUACAGAAGAUUCUCUGCUAUGAAGAUUCUGUGGCUGCUCAUUUGUCCAAAAUUUUGACUUCUGACCAACACUCAGUGGUGAUCUCCUCAGCCAAAGUGCUUUGUGAGACAGUGAAGGAUUUUGUGGCUCGAGUAGGGAAAGCCUAUGAGAAGGCAACAGAAAGCUCAGAGGAGUCAGAGGUCAUGGCCAGGAAGUGCUCUGUCCUGAAAGAGAAGCUGGACUCGUUGCUGAAGACACUGAAUGAUGAAUCUCAAGCAUCUUCCUCUCUGCCCAACCCUCCUCCCACCAUUGCAGAGGAGACGGAGGAUGGGGAUGGGUCGGGCAGUGCUGGUGACUCUUCAAGUGAGCUCUCGGUGGGCUCGGCCUGCACUGCGCGGCCCCAGAUAUUCCGUCCCCGAGAGCAGCUCAUGCUGAGAGCCAACAGCUUGAAAAAAGCCAUUCGCCAGAUAAUAGAGCAUGCAGAGAAAGCUGUAGAUGAGCAGAACGCCCAGACCCAGGAGCAAGAGGGCUUCCUCCUUAGUCUCUCAGCCUCUGAGGAAGGCAAGGAGCUGAGGAAUGAGGAUAAGAUUUCCGUGCAGUCAUCACACAGCAGCAGCUAUGGAAUGUCCAAGGGCAGGAGCCAGAGGAAAGCCUCCAAGUCUCCUUGUGAAAGACUAAUAAACAAAGGAGGUUUGUCACUGGGCAGCUCUGCAUCUCUUCCUCCCCAGACAGGAAGCCGGGACAACUUGCCAAUGCUGAACACAAAAAUCCUCUACCCAAAUAUCCGUGCUGGCAUGUCAGGUUCUUUGCCUGGGAGCUCUGUCAUCAGCCGAUUGUUGAUCCAUGCUGAUCCCUUUAACUCUGAGCCUGAAAAUCUUGAAUGUUACACUGAGAAGUGUGUCAUGAAUAAUUACUUUGGAAUUGGACUGGAUGCAAAGAUUUCUUUGGACUUCAACAACAAACGUGAUGAGCACCCAGAGAAAUGCAGAAGUCGUACUAAGAACAUGAUGUGGUAUGGAGUAUUGGGGACCAAGGAGCUGCUGCACAGAACAUAUAAAAACCUGGAGCAGAAGGUCUUGCUGGAGUGCGAUGGGAGGCCAAUCCCUCUGCCCAGUCUCCAGGGGAUUGCUGUGCUCAACAUUCCCAGCUAUGCAGGAGGCACCAACUUCUGGGGGGGAACCAAGGAGGAUGAUACAUUUACAGCCCCUUCCUUCGAUGACAAGAUUUUGGAGGUGGUAGCUGUGUUUGGUAGCAUGCAGAUGGCAGUGUCGCGUGUGAUAAACCUGCAGCAUCACCGGAUUGCACAGUGCCGGACAGUAAAGAUCGCAAUUCUUGGAGAAGAGGGAGUUCCCGUGCAAGUGGAUGGAGAAGCCUGGAUCCAGCCUCCAGGUUACAUUUGGAUUGUUCAUAAGAACAGGGCACAGACCCUCACCAGAGACAGGGCAUUUGAGAGCACCCUGAAGUCUUGGGAGGACAAACAGAAGUGUGAGUUGUCACGACCCUCCUCUUUCUCUCUGCAACCAGAGAUCAUGUCUGAAGAAGAAUCCACCCAGAUCAUCCAGUUUGGUCAAGCUGCAGGUGCUCUGAUCCACAGCAUUCGGGAAAUAGCUCAGUCCUAUCAGGACAUGGAACAGGAGCUUGCCCAUGCUGUCAAUGCCAGCUCCAAGUCUAUGGACAAAGUCUACGCUAAAUCCAAGUCUACAGAGGGUCUGAACUGCAGCCUUGUUGUAGAGAUGGUGAAUAAUGUCAAAGCCCUGCACAAUGAGACAGAGCUGCUACUGGCAGGCAAGAUGGCACUGCAAUUAGAUCCUCCACAGAAGGAGCAGCUGCAGGCAGCCCUGGCAGACAUGGACCUCCAGCUGAGGAAACUGGCAGAUAUCCCUUGGCUGUGGCAGCUUAUGGAGCCCUGUGAUGAGGAGAACCAGAUGCUGGAUUAUUCUAAACGCAGCCGCAGUGGCAAAUUCCGCCUGGUGACCAAGUUUAAAAAGGAGAAGAACAACAAAAAUAAGGAGACUCACAGUAGCAUGGGAUUGCCGGUUCACCUCUGGGGAACGGAGGAGGUUGCGGCGUGGCUUGAGCACCUCAGUCUUUGUGAGUAUAAGGAUAUCUUCAUCCGCCAUGACGUCCAGGGCUCUGAGCUCCUGCACCUUGAACGGAGGGACCUCAAGGACCUGGGUGUGACCAAAGUGGGUCACAUGAAGAGGAUACUGCACGGGAUCAAGGAGCUGAGCCGGAGUACUCCUGCCAGCGAGGCUUAGCCUCUGUUUUCACAGCCUGUGUCUACCAUUCUCCCUAACUGCACAGGAGUCACCUCACAAAGCAGAUGUGCUCACAGCUAUCUCUGCUGAACAGCCAAAUUUUAGCUGUUCAGAGCUCAUAUCAACCAAGCAUGGUGCUACUUUUUUACUGUGGGGUAUGGCUGCAUCCAUUGAAGAGGCACUUCCUCUGUGGUUGGCAGAGCCUCCUGGAGAGAACUCACUCACUGUUUGAAGAGCCAUGUCCUGUGUCAUGGGAAGUUCUGGUUCCAGGGACAGUGCAGGACUCCUGAAUACUGCAACACAGAUACCUUUACUGGAUAACUUCAUCACAGUAGAAUCAUUCAGGGCAAAAGAUGUAUUGGCCAGUCUUAAUUCAGGAGCAUCUGACAGUCUUUUCAGACCCAAAACUUUCCUGCUCAUUUGUGUGUCACACCUGUAUUUAGCAUAUUUAAGUGGGACAAAGCCUCUCCUUUCAUCUUACUAUUCCCUUUUUAAUGCAUCUGUAGUUGUGUUUAAUUUGCAUCUGUGCAGACAGUGCAGACCUCUUCCCAUGAAUAGCAAGUGAUUCUCAUUCACUCAUGCUUUUGCAACAAACAGUGCAUGUGCUUCAGACAGGAUUUGCACCAGCUGGCAGGGCCUUCUGCUGAGCCUGCUCUCCUCUACCAGCCAGAGGCAAUGGUACAACCUUUAGGUUUUCACAAAAAAAGUGGUGCUAAGUCAUCACGGACAAUUGUUCAGAAAUUCCUGGCAGUAAGAAAAGAAAAUUCUGGAGAGCCAAAUAGUUACAGGAGAUCAGCUCUGACAUUCCUUCUUCUGAAUUCAUCUUUGGGAGACCAGUUAAAAAGGAGAAGAAAGCUAAUGAGCUGUUUGUGCUGCACAAGAAGGGAGGUAUAGGACAACUUGCUUCAUCCUGGAGGAGGGAGCACCAUGGCAAUGGCCAGGUGUAGUUUCCUGCCUGUUUAGUACCACUUCUGUGGCCACAAACACGAGAGCUGUUUCUUUUCUUCAGCUUGCAGUGUAGAAAACUAUUUGUCAGAAAAUAUGUGAUUUAAGUCUAGUACUUGUAUCUUUUCACCUGUCUAGGUUUCAGUAGCUUUUCCACCUUGCUUCUCUUUCUUGCUGCCUUGCUCCUUCACUCCAGGGUGAUACAAAAGAUUAGAGUAGUUCAGUUCUCCUGGGCUGUACCCCUAAAAGAUUGCUUAUGCUGUCAAACAUUGGGACUCCUGUAAGAGCACUGAGAGGAGGAGGAUUGUUACCAAGCAAAUGAGCAUCAUAAUGAAAACUGGAAUAUGUUGAUAAAUUGCCUUUGGUACCAGUGACAGUGGAGCAUGGAAAAAUUAAUGCCUCUGGAUCAGAGUUUCUAGAUGGCUGACCUCAGUUGGGUGGCUGUUAAAGCCCAAGACCAGCAUGCAUAGUUAUAUCACCAUCUUUAUCACUGCAGAGGAAUUUGGCAACAGUCAGUGCUGUAAAACGUAAGAGACAGCAGAAAAUUUUAAUUACUCAGUCAUUUUCUGUGUGUUUAUUUAAUUUUUUUUUAUUAUUGCAGAGUGGCAUCUGUCUGACUAUGGCUGCAGACAGAAAAGCCCACAUGCACAGUGGCAUAAAAGAUAACUUGCUGAGGACAUAAUUCUUUUUUUUACUUGUAAGGAUUUUCAUCAAGUUGAUAUCACUUUUCUAGUCUAAUAACAAUCAGUCAAGCUAGUUUAUGUAAAGAUUUGUCAGCUUAUAAAGGCUCUCGGCUGAUUUUGUUUCAGCUGGGCAAACUCCAUGGAAUUCCCUACUAUUUCACCAAGGGUUAUUCUGACUCUGCCUGUCUGUUGUAACCAGACACAUUCACCCAUGUGUCUCCUCGUAGCCUGGUGAGUGACAGGGUUUGUGUUGAAACUCAUGAGCAGGUAAAAGAAGACUAAAUGUGCUUGAUCCAGCUAGAAGCACUUACAGUAUAAAUACUGUGGGGCCUGAGCAGGAAAUAGUCCAGCCUUGCCCUGAAUGUAUUUCUCCUAUGUAUGUGUUGGCAGUUGCUUCCACAGCUGUAUUUUUUAUUUGUCAGUACAGACUCCCUCUAGCUAUAUUGAAUUCCUGAGGUAUCAGGUAAGUAAGAAUUGCAAGCAUACUGUAUUGUCCACUUGCUUGUUGAGGCACAGAGCAGUGUCUGGAUGACAGUGAGGAGAAAUCUCUUCAGGAGAGCCCCAGCAUGCAGCCAUCCUCAGUGGUGGUGUGCAGUGACCUCGCAGUGUGUGCAUCCCACUGUCUAUCCCAGAAUUGUGCGUGGCUGGGACAUCUAUGUGCCUUCCAGGAGAGUGCAGCAGGGGGGUGAGGCAGGUGAUAGCUCCAGAGAAGAGGUGAGAUCUGGGUUUGUUCUUACAUGCAGUGAAGGAGCUGUUCUGUGAACUUUCCCCAGCAGCCUCGUGGUUAAAGAUGCAUAAACAAUAAGUGCUUGCCUUGCAUAAUCCUUGAGGGAUUAAAUUCUUGCUUCCAUAGAAACAGCUCCUCUCUACUCUUCCUGCCCAGAGGAAUGGAGGAAUCCAAAGAGUUUUUACAUUCAGGUGUGUUCCUUAAUUCAGGCUAUAUCUAUCAAGACCUGAUGGCCAUUAGCCAUUUGCAUGAGUGAUGAGGCCUGCACAGACGCAUCUUUAUUUCUUUUGCUUUUUUGAUCUGUGUGUCAAUGCCUUCAGAUCCUUUUUGUGCACAUGGGCAUCUGUCAGUGGGUUGACAGCCACUAUAUUCCUGCCUUACUUAUCAGAGGCAGGAAGGGAGUUCUUCCUUUUUCUAAGACCUAGAAAACGGGAUCCACAUUUAACCUGAGUGCCUUUGGAUAUUUAUUAAGGUUUAGAUCUAAGAAACCCCAAAGUGUUGUAGUUCUCUGUCUCACAUAGAGAGUGCAGUGCAGUUUUUUGUUGGCAAGAUUUUGGUGAAUAGAUGAAGACAAUUUGUGUUGAAUGUCAGUGAGCUCUAUCUGCAAAGUAGGGAGCCGGGUAGAACUCCUGGCUACUGCCUAUUCUGAGUUUCUCUUCUGACAUCUGAUAAUUUUUUGUGGGAGAAAAACUCAGGAAAGACAGUUAGUAAAAAAUAUGCUGCUUUGCCAAAAAUAAACUGUCCAGCAGUCUCAGGAGCACCAGCCUGAGAGAAGCUAGAACUGCACAUAUCACACAGGUGGUUUAGUCCCUGAAGGAACACAACUCCUGUGAAAGCCAAGCGGCACCUUCUGUUUGCAUCCCUCACCCCUGGCAGUGGCUGCAGUGAGCUGGGCUCGGGGUUUCUUCUGCUUGGAAGAGGCUUCAGUCUGUUCUCUCACAUUCUGGUACCAUCCUGGAUAUUUCAUGGCAGAGUCUGGGGAAUGAUGGUUGGGGCUAAAUGAGAUUGCGUGCAGUGGAGACUGGAGGGGCUCUUGGCAGUGCCCUGCCCUCGGGAGGGCUGGUACAGCCUCUCCUUUGUACCUUGUGGGAUGUCGGCAGGAGCCAGCACAGUGGCCAAGGAGAGCUGUGCCGCUGGGUGCCUGGAGGUGCUGGUCUGGCACCUGGGAGCCUCCAGCUCUGCUGAGGCCUUCGUUGCCAGUGCUACUUCUGCUUCUGCACCCAAAUCGUAUGGAAAGCUUCGACCAUUGUUUUAGUGUUAUUUAAAAAUGUGCAUAAUAGCGAUGUGAUUUAUAAAACAGACUGUUUACAAGACGUAUUUUGUAUCUUAAGAUGUGUGUACUGUAAAAAAAAGGAAAGUAUGAAAAAUGAUGUUUUCUUGAACUGUCAGCAGUGACUGCAUGUCUGUAUCAUUGUCCACCGACCGUUGUUCCUCAGGGGUCUCCCCACCAUUCCUGCGAUCCUGUCAAAAGCAUCGGGGAGCAAGUGAAUCCCUGUACAGCCAUGGGAAGAAGGUUUUGUGCCUUAAGAAUGGGACCUGCUUCCCUCCUAUUUAUUUUGUUAAUUUAUACAGUGAUUACCAUGGAAAUGUCUCUUGGGGUUUUUUUGUACAUAGUUUACUUGUUGUAAAUAUGUUUUUCUUGUAUAUAAAGUAAACAUGUUUCCGAGCUUCCAGUAAGGAUUCUCUGUUGCUGAUUUUGUUGUGAGAGGGCUGCUGUGCCCAUCAGGUGGGAACCACCUAAUAAAAACCUGUGCUGUAAUUAAAUGUUUUAUCCUGGCUUGCAUGAGAAGUUCAGAGCUUUUCCUUAGAGAGGAAUGAAAUGGUAAAUGUAAGUCUUGUAGACUAAUUUUGUAGCAUUUUUUGUGUUGGUUUAAUUGGCGUGGAGUAGAAGACAUCAGGUAGUUUAAUUUUUUUAGCUAUGUCUUGUAGUGAACAAACGAUGUUUUAAAUGUGGUGCUUCUGCUGGUGUUCAUCCUGAUCAAAGCUCUGCUGGCAGCAAACCCACAGCUGGAUGGGAACACGCUGUCAGACAGCAGGGCUGUGUUGGUUGCCCCUCCUCAGGUGCUGUUCCUGGCUAUGGUGCUGCAGGGCCAGGAUGAGAAGGGAGCAGUUGUUCUUUCCUCCACCUGGGCCUCUGCAUAUUCUGUUUAUUGCAGGCAGUAUGGACAGUGACUGGAAUAAGUGAAAAUACAUUUACAAAAAUGCAGGAGAAGUGAAUUUUCUCAUGAAAGUAUAAAUGGCACCUGUAAACUUGAAACAGAAUUUGGCGUGUUUGGGUGAGCAGUUCAUAGAGUGGAUUGUGACAAGCUUUCUCUUCCAUCUAUACAGAUCGGUGUGUUCAUACGAUGUUGAUAGGAGACUUCCAGAAGAUUUAUUUAAAUUGAGAGGAUGGUUGUAGAGUUCCACAGUACUGUCACAAAGUGGGUGGAAAGUAAGUUACAAUGGUCAUGGAUAUUUUCUAUGUGAAAAACAUCUUUGUACAUGGUAAUUAAACAGAAGUAUGGAGAGAGUAGUGUAUGGAACAGGAACAUCAUUCUGAUGUUACAUACUCUUGCAUGAUAAAAAUGGUAAAAUUUUCAUUUUACCAUUUUUCAUUGGUUACCCAGUGGCAGAAUAAGGAGAAAAUAAGAACCGUGUUUACUCACACAGGCAUCAGACCCUGAGUGUUAGGCUCUGCUUUAAGUGGCACUACAGAAAACGUGCAAAGAAGGCAACAGCAGAGAUAGAAGAUAUUCUUACUCCUCUGAUACAGGUUAAUUAAUUUUGGUCUUUUUUUCAAUAAUGUGGCAGAAGCUGAUAGCAAAAAACUUACUGCCCCACUCAGUGUGUCAUUACAGAAUGUUAGACCUCCUUCCCAGGGCUGACAUCCUCUUGGUUUAACUACCUAAUGGAUCUCAGGGAGAUGGAAUGGGUUGGGAGGAAGAUGUGCUAUGAAGAUUUCUACCAAUGAGUUUAAAUACAAAAGUAUGAAUAACUGCACCCCCUAGCUGGGCCUGGAGUAGCUUGAAGUGUUUAAUUCUCAUGUGGGCAGAAUGAAAAGGUCCUGAGACUGGAAAGUGACAUUCCACAUUGAUAACAGCUAAAAGAGUCAUGGCAGUUCUCCAGCAACUUCUGUCUGAAGAGUUCUAGCAUUUUGCAUUUACCAAGUGACCUGGGAGUGUUUUUCUCUACAGGAGAGGAAGAGCUGAGGCAGGGUGCAUGUGACCUAGAAGACCUCUUUGGUUGACUUCAUGGUGAAAUGCAAGCCACUUGUGGCCUAUGGCUUUUCUUCAUGGGCUCAGGGAAGGCGGUGGCCUCAGCCCUCAUGUCCUCCUCCUUGAGCAGGUUGCUUUGCACUGAUGGGUUGCUCCAGAGGGGGAGUUGAGCAAGGUGAUGGUCUCUCAUCAUCAUCAGAGGCUGUGCAGAACUGCAGCCCCAGCAGCACUCCCAGGUGUCAGCAGAUCCCAGCCAGGGAAGUAAGAGGCUGGGAGGAAUUCGGUAUCUUCACAGGUUGUUGAAUUCCUCUUGUUCCCAAGCUGCAAACUGGAUUCACAGCAGCACUUCCAGCAGCACACAGGCUCUCCAUGGAGAGGGGUUCUUGCCUUUCUGGCACAUGUUCCAGUGCUCCUCUCAACUGCAAAACCUUGGGCUCCAAGGACCUUUUCUUUUCAGAAGAGCGACCUGAGGAGACUGAUACUUCAGCUUGGCUUUCCUAGGGAAGCAGGUGCAGUGUUUGUCUGGUGCUGUGUGUAUGAGCCUGUCUUUCCUCUUUUAAUGCCUGUUUGGAACUGCUAUCUUGUUUCUGACAGUUCACAGGGAGAGAUGAUGGCUCACAGAACACUGUGUUUCUGGAAAUCUUGCAAGAAAUCAGGACAUGGGAUGAGAGGAAGACUUUGAAAGAGUUCUGGCAGGUAGAGGCUCCAGUGUGCAUGUAGGAAGUAGGCCUUGUGCUUUUAUUGCUCAGUGAAUGGUUCAGAUUUGUUGCAAAUUAAAAGCUAUGAAAUAGGAAGCACUGAUGGAUGCAGCACAGGAUGACUGCUGAAGAGCUGUGGGGUUUGAUUUUUGUGAUUUUUUUUGCCACUUCUAUUUCCUUCUUUAUCAAAAUUUACAUCUGUCUAUAAUUUAUUUAAUUUGCAGAAAUUUACAUUUUUAAUUUCAAUUUAGAAAAAUUCGAGAGGAGCAAUUUGGUGCUCCUGGCUAAGAGGCUAAAGGCCAAGAACACAUUUGAGAAUUUGCCAGAAGCUUUGCUGUAGAAAGGCAAAAGCAGAGCUUUUGGCUUUCUUUACACACAGGAUGUGUAAUCACUCUGGUGUGCUCUGUCCCUUCAAGCUGCAACGGGGAGUAUCUUUCAGCUGUGAAAUUUGAAACAUGCAUGAUGCUUUUUUUUUGCUUCAAGGAGGUGGUUUCUUCGAUUGUUAGUGCCUGUUCAUAACACACUGAAUCAGAAGUCUCCACAGUGCUAAUGUAAAUUUCUGGAGCUUCUGUCUUGCCAUUUGCUUGUGAGGUUUCCCUUUUCUCCUCUUUACCCUCUUCUAGCCCUCCUUAGAAAAAUUCCUAUUUUUUAAAAUGAAAAUGAACUAGAAAACAGCCCAGCACUGUGGUUUUUUUUUAGAUUGAGAUUGGUUCCCUGGCAUGCAAAACUUAAAGUACCUGGACCAUCUUUUCUUCAAUCCUCUGCACCUGAAGUCAUAAGAUCACCUGAGAGUCAAAGUGCUGGCUUUUAAAAUACUUAUUUCUUCACUGCAGUGGCAGGAGAAAACAGGAAAACCAAACCCUCAAAACAAAAGGCGUGAGGAAAAAGUAAGUUGAAUUCUUACAGAGUAUCAGUGCAGGGGUUAAAAAAAAAAUAGGAUGUUUUGAGGAGGUUGACACAUUGGUUUGCAUGUUUGAGCUUGGCAGUUGGUAUGCAUGUCCUGAAUUUCCAAUCUUAUUUCUGAGACUAUUCCAAAUCUUAGAAACAAGCAUUUAUUCAAAACCACGUCACCUACAUGGCAGCAAAUAGCCAGGUCAGCUACAAAUAUGAACAAUACAUGUAAUACAUGGUAUUACCUGUGUUUCUGUUUAGGUUUCCUAUUUUACAUUUCUUCUCUUCAGAUGUGUUUCAUAAACUCAAUUUGCAGCAAAAAUGUGUUGUCAUUAAUCUCAGUGGAAGUUUUCUUGUUGAAUGGCUGAAGUGAGAAUGAAGCACAUACCAGCAGAGCUUUGUAGAGCACACAUCUUCCCCAGCUGGGGUAGGGAUGCAGCAAUCUUUUUAGCUGAAGUCCCAAACGGAUGAACUUCAUUUGAAGAGAGCUUGUUUUCAAGAAAGUCCAUGGCCAAAUUUGUGAGGGAAGAAGGAAGUAUAAGUUUUACAAGCUGUCAGAGCUCUCCUAAUCAGUGUCAUGGGAUGUGAGCGGACAUGCUGAGCGGGCCCAUCUUUCCCUAACCUCUAGUGGCACUUUCCCUAAUGAAGGACUCCCA